AUGGGUGGCAUUCUGCACCUCGUCGAGGAUCGGCCAACUCCUCCUUCGGUCUACAACUGGCGAGUCUAUGUACUUGCCCUGAUUGCAUCAUGCGGCUCCAACAUGAUCGGUUAUACGAGUGCCUUCAUCGGUACCACUGUCACUCUCACAUCCUUCAAGGAAGAGUUCGGUCUUGUGAACAUGUCCAAGGCCGACCGAGACCUGAUCAGUGAAAACAUCGUUUCUCUUUUCAUCGCCGGUGCCUUCUUCGGCGCUCUUCUCACAUACGGACUUAGCCACUGGAUUGGACGCAAGUGGUGUCUGGCUAUCUCCUCCGCCAUGUUCUCUUUGGGUGCUGGCCUUCAGUGCGGUGCCAACCACGCUCGUGGUCUGGGUAUUCUGUAUGCUGGUCGUGUUCUGUCCGGACUCGGUACUGGUAUCGCAUCCAACAUCAUUCCCAUCUACCUGUCGGAGCUGUCUCCCCCUGCUAUUCGAGGUCGGCUUGUCGGUCUCUACGAGUUGGGAUGGCAGAUUGGUGGCCUGGUUGGCUUCUGGAUUAACUAUGGUGUUGAGCAACAUAUCGCCCCUAGCCACAAGCAGUGGCUCAUUCCUUUUGCCAUCCAGCUCAUUCCGGCCGGUAUGCUUUUCAUGGGUUCGCUGUGGAUUCGGGAAUCCCCCCGUUGGCUCUUCCUCCACGACGAACGAAAGCAGGCUAUGGAGAACCUCUGCUGGAUCCGCCAGCUUACUGCCUCUGAUCUCUAUAUCACGGAAGAAGUUGCCGCUAUUGACCAGGCCCACGAGGAGCAGAAGGCUAUCGUUGGUCUCGGCUUCUGGAAGCCUUUCCAGGCCCUUAGCAAGCGCCCGAACAUGAUGUGGCGCUUGUUCCUGGGAUGUAUGCUCUUCUUCUGGCAGAACGGUUCUGGUAUCAACGCCAUCAACUACUACUCACCUACUAUCUUCACUAGCAUUGGCGUUGCGGAUGACACUGUUAGCGUCAUGACUGGUAUCUUCGGAGUUGUCAAGGCUGUCAUGACCUUCGUCUGGCUGCUCUUCUUGGUUGAUCAGCUGGGUCGACGCAAGCUUCUUCUCAUCGGUGCUGUCACUGGUUCUAUCUGUAUGUGGGUUAUUGGUGCCUACAUCUACGUCGUGGAUCCCACCGAAAAUCCCAGCGAGAGCUUGACCGGUAGUGGUAUCGCCGCUAUCUUCUUCUUCUACCUGUGGACUGCCGUUUACACUCCCACCUGGAACGGUACCCCCUGGGUCAUCAACUCUGAAUUCUUCGACCCCAACUUCCGCUCGCUGGCUCAGGCCUGCACCACUGCCAGCAACUGGCUGUUCAACUUCCUCGUGUCGCGAUUCACCGAACAGAUGUUCGCGACCAUGGGCUACGGAGUCUACUUCUUCUUCGCCUCCCUGUCCUUCCUCGCCUUCUUCUUUGCCUUCUUCCUCAUUCCCGAGACCAGCGGUAUUCCGCUGGAGAAGGUCGAGCGCCUCUUCAAGAUGAAGCCCAUCUGGCAUGCGAACAAGAAGCUCAAGGCUGAGCUGGCUGCAGAGGAAGAGCAGUUCCGUUUCGAUGUUAAGGACGGUGCUGCUGUGCACCGAGAGAACCAAGACUCCUCCUCGGAUGAGCCUUGA